AUGUCAACAAUCGCCCCAACCUUUGACUUCACAAUUACUAACAAUAACAUUAAUAGAAAUGACAUCAGUUCGUCCCACAUAUUCAUCUCACAUAUUGCUACAACCUUUAAUGCUUGGCUCGACAAAUAUAUUAAAAAUCGUGAUCCAUUAGAAAAAUUAACAGGUCUUAAACUUGAAUUCGAUAAUUUAUCGUCCAUUAUAAAUAAAUCAAGUGAAUUGAUGCAAAAUGCAACAAUGCGGAAAACGCUAUUACCUGGGGCAAUUAUGGUUUCUGAAUUUCCUGAUUUUACAAUUUCAACAAAUCCAGUUAUAGAUUUGAAUGCUACGUUACUCCUCCAGUGUUGCGGUCAAUUUUCACAAUCGUCGUUGGAUUUGAUACUUCAUGUUUAA